AUAUUUAGACCUUUCGUGAAAAAAAUGCUGCAAAAUUGAAAAAAAAAACUGGAACUUACUUUUAAUCAAAGUUGAUCAUUAUUUUAUUUCGCAGUCGAAGAAUAUUUCAUCGGAAUUUGCAAAGGAUUUAUAACAAAAUAGAAGAAGAACUAGCUGAAGAAUGCCGACCCCUGUAUCAACGAAGAAGACUAUAGCACCUUCAACGAUGAAGACUACAGUGGCUCCGCCGACGAUGAGAACGACAAUGGCUCCGACGACGAUGAAAACGACAGUAGCGCCGCCGACGAUGAAGACCACAAGAUCACCAUCAACAAUGAAGACGACAAAGGAACCAUCAAUGACGCAGACAACGAAAACUGUUCAAUCGACAAUUACAAAUCCUGUUUCGUUUCUUGAUUCGGAGGUGACGGCCAAGGAAUAUGUGAAAGAUGGUGGAGCAGCGAGAAAAGCAUAUCGAGAUGCAAUACAAGUGGAGAACACUGAUCGACAAGCGUUCAGAGGGAUAGAAUCGCUUCUGAGUUCACUUGGCCAAGCUAUCGGUCUGGGUAAUAUCUGGAGAUUCCCAACGGUUGCCUAUCAAAACGGUGGUACAUCCUUCUUGAUCGUUUACAUCAUUUGUGCAUUCGUGUUUGCUGUUCCUGCGAUUCAUAUGGAAUUUGCUUUGGGACAGUACGCAGCAAAGUCGCCUCCUGCUGUCUUUAGAAGAAUUAUGCCAGCAUUGGAAGGUGUUGGUUGGAUGACCUGUAUUGUGGGAGCGGUGAUUGGUGUCUAUUACAUGAUUCUAAUCUCAUGGAUUGUGUUGUAUAUUAUCAACAUUUUCUAUGUUAAUAAUAUGGGUAGAUGUGACAAUCCGUGGAAUCAAAAUAAUUGUUAUGAUGGGUCGGAACAAAGCCGAUGCAACAAGGGGCUCUAUUCCAAUAUGACUGCUAAUGCAUCUUCAUUUCUGAAUACAACAAUGGCACCUCUGAUGAGCAGUGGGUCAAAGAGAAUUUUGUACAUCAAUGGAAAGUGUCAAGAUGCCACCAAUAUGAGCGUUGAAGUUGGCACUGAGCAGUUCUUCUCAAAAUCUGUUAUCCGUCCUUCCGCUGGUUUCACCGAUUUCAACUCGAUCAACUUACCAAUUCUUGGAGCAGUUGCACUAUGUUGGGUGAUUGCAGCUGUUGUCUUGAUCCGUGGAAUGAAAGCAAUUGGAAAACUGUCCUAUGUGACUGUGAUUCUCCCUUACUUCAUCAUUGUCAGCCUACUCAUUUGUGGAGUUAGCUUGCCUGGUGCAAAAGACGGUCUCUAUCACCUGUUUGGACAGACGGAUUUCAAUUACUUGUAUAAGCGAGAAACGUGGACUGCUGCAUUGCAACAAAUAUGCUUUUCCCUUUCAAUAGGUCAAGGUGGAUUAAUGAACAUUGCAUCGUACAAUAAGAAGACAUACAAUUGGUACAGGGAUGUCUACAUAAUUGUGUUCUUGGACACUCUUAUGUCCAUACUCGGUGGAAUAACCGUUUUCUCGACACUUGGGUUCUUGGCUUAUGAACGUGGAAUUAAUUCAACCGACAUUGAUGCAUUCAAUCAUAUUGUUAAAGAAGGGCAUGCUCUCGCAUUCAUCGUGUACACGGAAGCAAUCGCUGAAAUGCCAGUGCCGUAUCUUUGGUACGCGUUGUUCUUCAUCAUGCUCUUCCUUUUGGGGAUCAGUACUGAAGUUGUGAUUGUUGAAAUUGUGUGCUCCUGCUUGGCUGAUCGGUUCCGUUAUCUCCGUGAACGUAGAUGGCUUACUGUAUUGUCAGUCUCUGCGGUAUUUUUCUUGCUUGGACUUGUGAUGACAACUGAUGCCGGCUUCUACUGGUUCGACAUGUUUGACGAGUAUAGUACGGGAAUUUCAGCAACGUUUGGGACUGCAAUCAUGUGUAUGACAGUUUUCUGGUGCUACGGAACUAAUCAUUUUCGAGAGGACAUCGCCGUUAUGUGGGGAGAACCGGAGAGCUGGUUGGCAACAUGUCUGGGACCUGCUGCAUACUUUUGGACGCUGAUUUGGAAGUUUGUAACUCCAGUUUGCUCGCUGUUGAUGAUGGGAUUGUGGAUUUGGGAAAAGAAAUAUCCACAUAAGGGAGACGGUAAAAUCUAUCCGCCAGUGUUUGAUGCACUUGGAUGGUUCAUUGCAGUCGUUCCGUUUUUGGUGAUCCCUGGAUUCGCCAUUGCUGCUGUGAUCAAUACCCGAAGAAUGAAUAUUCCGAUCCGUGGAGCAUUCAUGUUGCAGAAACAACACCCAUCCUAUGAUAGAAUCAGUGAGCAAUGGCCAGAAUGGAAGAAAGCAAUUGGUGAUAAACUGCCGGAGCAAGAGCCUGGAGAUGAUGAUCUUAAUAUGAUUGAUGGAUUGGAAACGAAAGAAAGUGAUUCGCUUAUUGAAUAGUUCUGAGAAAUAAAUGCUUAUUU